AUGCACACCUUCGAGGACGGAAGAGAAGAGGUCGAGGUUCGAAUCCCGCUGCCAGCAGAAAUCAAGGCUUCAGAUGUUGCAAAGCGCUUGUCCAUUGACAUACAGGCGAGCUCCGUCAAGGUGGCAUGGAAGGAAGGCGCCGCCGCCCCACUGUUGAACGCUCCUGAUCUGUACGAGAAGAUCCGACCGUCCGAUUCAGCCUGGUACAUCGACGGCUCCAUACUCGUCCUGACUCUGACGAAGCAGCACCCGCAGAAAUGGCCCGCCCUAACCGACACCGAAGCCUUGGAAAAGAGGUUCGGACCCAUCCGAACCUCCCCGAACAAGGCUGCAGGUUCGUCAGCAGCAUCAGCUUCGGCAGCAGCCGCGGGGAAUGGAACUGCCAAAGCAGGCGCGGAGCAGGCAGGGGCGGGGGGAGGGGCGAAGGGGGGAACGGGAAAGGCGGAGGGGAAGGGUGGGGAUGGGGCAGGUGAAAAGAAGGACGGGGCGGCAGCUUGGGCUGCCCGGGAAAAAGUCAACCGGCUGCUGAAAGCUGCCCAAGACGGUGACGUGGAUGGGCUGAAACAAGCCGUUGCUGUGAUGAUUGCGGAUGGGAAAGCGCAGGAGAAAGCGGAGGGGAAGGCGGAAGGGGAGGGGGAGGGGAAGGCGGAGGGGAAGGUAAAGGGGAAGAAGGGGGGAGUGGAAAUGCUUUCAGAGUUUGAUGUAGAUGAGAAGCUCAGUAGUGAUACUGCAGCUGCUGCCGCCGCGUCUGCUGGUGGUGGUGAUGGUGGUGCGGGUGACAGUAACGAGGGGAAGCUUGCAGUAGAGGAAGCAAGGGAGGUGCUGGAGGAGGUGAGGGACGCCAAUGGCCGCACGGCCCUGCACUUUGCAGCCAGCACGGGGCAUGUCGACGCGUGCAGGUAUGUGGCUGGGUUAAGGAGGUACAUGGUGGAGGAGAUAGGCGUGCCGGUGGAUGUGAAGGAUGACGAGGGGGAGACGCCACUCAUGCUGGCAGCGAGGGACGACCACUCAGAGGCUGCCACGUGGCUGGUUGAGCACGGGGCGGCUGUUGCCACGUCAGCGGAGAAGUCGGGCGCGCAGGCGAUACAUCACGCAGCGGGGCAUGGUUCGGUGAAGAUUCUCGAACUCCUAUUGGACCACGGCGCCGACCCUAACGCUCAGAGCGACGCCGGGCCUCCGCUGCUGUGGGCGUGCGGACACGGCAAGGUGGCUGCAGCGGGUGUGCUUCUAACGAGGGGAGCCAAUCCAGACACGCCCAGCGAGGAUGGCGUGAACUCGCUGCUCACCGCCACUGCUGCCGGGGAGACAGAGAUUGUGAAACUGCUGCUCAAGCACGGCGCGCAGCCCAACCCAGGCGGUCCCCCUCUCCCCACCAACGCUGCAGCAGCAGCAGCAGCUGCUGCUGCUGCUGCUGCUGCUGCCAAUGGAAGCACUGCUGCCCCGUCCUCACCUCUCCCCUGUGUCACCUCCACCACGCCUCUCAUUGUCGCUGCCGACGCGGGCAACACACCCGCUGUCUCCGCUCUCCUUGCUGCCGGUGCUGAUGCAGACAGGCGGGACGAGGAUGGCAUGACGGCACUAGACGCUGCUGCUGCUGCGGGGAAUAAAGAGGUUGUCGGGUUGCUGCUGCCGGUGACUCAGCGUCCCGCUGACGUGGCGGAAGUCGAUUGGACGGUCGAUGGAGUGAUGAAACGGGCGGCGGGAGCAGGAGGAGCAGGAGGGGGAGGAGCAGGAGGGGGAGGAGCAGGAGGGGGAGGAGCAGGAGGAGGGAAGAAGGGAGAGGCAUCUGCAGGAGGAGGAGGGGGAGCGGGGGGGGUAGGGGCACCACCCCUUGGUUCUGCUCUGUCUUCGGAUGUGGCUGCAGCAGUGGCCGAGGCCAAGGCAAGGGGAGACGCAGCGUUCAGAUCACAGCAGUUCCAGGAGGCUGUUGAUGCAUACACUCAGGCAGUGGAUUUGUACCCCAAGGCGGACUUACCAGCAACCCCAGCGGACGACAGGGUCAUGAGAGGCACUCUGCUGGCCAACCGCAGCAUCUGCUGGCUGCGAUUGGGACAGGCGCCCCUCGCCCUGGCAGACGGACAGAUGAGUCGAUCUCUGCGGCCCGACUGGCCCAAGGCUUACUUCCGAGAAGGGACUGCCUUCAGAGCGAUGGAGGCGUACUUCCGAGAAGGGACUGCCUUCAGAGCCAUGGAGGUGAGUGGGUCUGGAGCCAUGGUGACUUUUGAGUCGACUCAAAAGUCUCUUCCAAGAAGGGACUGCCUUCAAAGCGAUGGAGGUGAGUGGGUCUGGAGCCAUGGGUGCAGUGCUCGGGAGGAGAAGAGGGGGAGAAGGAGAGAGAAGAGGUAG